UCUACUAGCCUCAAAGCAACCACUGCUUGCCCCGCUUCUCUCUUAUUCUCUGCUAACGCCAGCGGCGGUCUCCAUCAUCUGUAAUCCUCCCCGCUGGCACCAGAUGCCCAUUCCCAGUCACCUGCCUUUCAUCCUGAUCCUCCGUUACAAUAAAAACUCUCUUCUUCUUAUCACCACCAGCGGUGUGCUGAGUUUGGGUGUUAUCGGUGCAGAUGUGCGACGUGGUGAACGAGAUCGAGCGGGAGAAAGAGCGCUGUGACAAUAGCACCUUUGGGAACGUCACUGCAGGUUGCCAAGGCAUGUGGGAUAUCAUCGCCUGCUGGCCUUCAGCCAGAGUCGGAGAGGCGGUUACAAUAAGCUGCCCCACGUACUUCAGUUACUUCAGCGACGAGCACAAAGGUAACCUCUCCAAAACCUGCACAGCAGACGGCUGGACUGAGAUGCAUCCCAUUGACAUCGCCAUGAACUGUGGAUACAAUCUCAACAGCACCAGCGACGAUGGGAAGUUUUUCUGGCAAGUGAAGAUUGGCUACACCAUUGGUCACAGUGUUUCCCUCAUAACUCUCACCACAGCUAUUGUGAUCCUCUGCAUCUUCAGGAAGCUCCACUGCACAAGGAAUUACAUCCACAUGCAUCUGUUUGUGUCAUUCAUCCUGAAGGCCAUCGCUGUGUUCAUCAAGGAUGUUGUCCUCUACGAGGUCGGGGAGGUGGACAACUGCUCCUCAGGCUCUGUCGGCUGCAAAGUAGUUAUUGUGUUCUUCCAGUACUGCAUAAUGGCCAGUUUCUUCUGGCUGCUGGUGGAAGGCCUUUAUCUUCACGCGUUGUUGGCUGUCUCUUUCUUCUCCGAGAGGAAGUACUUCUGGGCUUACAUCCUGAUCGGCUGGGGAGGUCCGACAAUUUUCAUCACAGCUUGGAGCACCACUAAAGCCUACUUCAAUGAUGUGGGGUGCUGGGACAUAAUCGAGAACACUGAUGUGUUCUGGUGGAUCAUUAAAACCCCUAUUUUGGCGUCAAUCCUGAUGAACUUUAUUCUAUUCAUCUGCAUCAUACGAAUACUUCGCCAGAAAAUCAACUGCCCAGAUAUUGGAAGAAAUGAGUCCAACCAGUACUCGAGGCUGGCGAAAUCAACGCUGCUUUUGAUUCCUCUGUUUGGGAUCAAUUUCAUCGUGUUUGCAUUCAUCCCGGAGCAAGUGAAGACUGAGCUGAGGCUGGUGUUUGACCUGAUUCUGGGAUCAUUUCAGGGCUUUGUAGUCGCUGUUCUUUACUGCUUCCUCAACGGAGAGGUCCAGGGAGAGAUCAAGAGGAAGUGGCGGAGGUGGCACCUGCAGCGAUACAUGGGCUCGGACACCAAAUACCAACAUCCGUCAAUCGGCAGCAGCAACACCUUCAGCACCCAGAUCACCAUGUUGACGCGAUGCAGCCCAAAGACACGCCGGGCUUCAUCCUCCUGUCACGACGACCUGUCUAGCAUAUGACUCACACAUGAAGAAAUACAGACAUACUGUACAUGCUGUACAAAAUACUCUCGUGCCAAACAUCAGACAGAAGAAGACACGGCAUAUGUGAUCUCGAACGGAAUACGCACUCCCUCCUUGGCACUCUUGGAGUUGCUUGAGUGUGACGUGGACAAAGGAAGACAUAAGAAAAUUGUUUGACAGCUUCUCAGCUGCUUUUAAUCUCCACGCUUCUUCAAAUGGGUUUAAGGGACAAAGACACAAGCGCACCGCUUCACAAGCACAGCUAUCGCACACUUGAACGAGAACUUUUCACUUGUUGUAUUUCAUGAUUCAGUGCACAUGUACAGUACAGGGGAAUUUGUGAGUCAUGUCAUUAUAGAUAAUUUAGUUAAUUGUCAUUAAGUUCCCCGUGUGCUCAGACUGCGGUCAAUGCAAAAUGUCACAUAUUAAUGGAGUUCGGUGGAAAAAAAAAUCCAAAUGUGAACGGCACCAGCAGCCCUGCAAUCUGAUGUAAUUAUCAGUGAUUAGGAAACACUUAGUAGAUUCCCUGCAGCUCCGAAUGAACAAGGCUGGUGCGAAGACACAGACAUUAGAGCGAAAGGAGCUUUUAUAACAGGAAAUUAAAUGAUGUGUUGUUAUAGUGUGUGUGUCGCGACAUCACAGGCUAAACACGAGUGCCAGAAACGCAUUAUGAGGAUGUGUUUGAAAUGUGAGAGGUGAUGGAAAAUUAGUUUCAAGGCACAUUUUUAGGCGACCACAAAAGAACAAAACAGUGUGCAACACUUUGCAACGCUGUGUAUGAAGACAGGAAAAGAAAACGUGGCUGAUAAAGCUAAACGAAUGAGGCUUCAGACCAGGUGAACAGUGUGAUGCUGAUUCCUGAUGAUGGUUUAGAGUUUAAAUGCCCUUCUCUGCACUAUCACUCUCACGAGAGACAGACUUCCCUUUGCCUUCCCUUCCGUCCGUACAGUAUCCCUCUCGUGUGAUCCCGAGUCUGUGAUAGGGUUGUUGUUUUUUUAUUUGAGGCUCUGUGGCACUUUUAUGCCAAUCACUGACGAGUGCCUGGUUUCAGUGUUUCUGAAGUGACACUUUCAAUCAAAUCUUCACUGGCUGUCGGCUGCUCCGGAGAGGGAAUAUGCCUUUAAGCAAUUCAGUCCUUGAAUGUUUACAUUUACUCUUGAGUCCUUUAACAUUGUACACACAAAUAUACAGUGUAAGGAAAGAAUUGAUUACUAUAGAUUGUUGUGUCAUACUGAUUACACUGCUGCUAGAAUAUCAGUAACUGUAGUUCGCGUUAUUGUGGGAUUUGAAGCGUCACCAGGAACAUAACGUUCUCUUGUACAGGCUUGUUUGUGUAGCAGUCUGUGGCUCAAUGCUAAAUAAAAGGCAUUACACUUAAAGAACAGUCCUCAGACUUGCAGUCUUGGUAGAUCCUACAUUGUGAUUCCCCCCCCUGAAUUGUCCAUUUGCUUGUCAGUUUUAAACUUCUCCACUGGAGGAGUUUGUCAGACUUGUCGGUCGAGACUAUUGGUCCUCGGGUCCUGUCACAACGAUGCUAUCAUUGUGCCUAUCAGACUACAAGGUCACAAGGUCACAUGUCCAUCCCACAUGUGGUGCCUGUCUUAAGUUUUCAGUAAAGUUAAAGGUAACUGUGUGAAUUUGCCAACAUACCUCUCGUAACGGUGAAUGUAAAUAGAUAUGUACAUACUGAAAAACAAUCCAAAAUAUACAAGUGUUUUUCAAAUUCAGUCACAUGUGUUGCUAGAUAUGAUCUCUUAGUGUUUUGGUGACUUUGCAUGGUUGUUUUGUAUCAGUGAGAAGAUAAUAAAAAGUGAUAUUGAAUCAACAAUCAUUCUAAUGUGCACUUACAGUAAGAGUUCAGUGUGUAACACAGAUGUGUUGUGGAUAUUUAGGAGUUGAUUUGUUGUGUGUGUGUAACACCGGUGCAAUGCAUGCCAUCGUGAAGCUCCACAUGUAUUUAGCUUAAAUUGACAUUUGUGUACACUUCUUAGCUUUAAAACUUGUUUUUGUAUAUUAUUAUUAUCAUUGAUUUUGCUGUACAGUGUAUGUUAAGACUGUUGCCAUAAUAUUGUUCCACUCAAAUUGUAUGAAAUGAAUUACAUAUUGUUUUUGGCUUAUUUAUUUAAAAAUACACAAGUUCACUUUUCUAUGGAGAUUAUGUAAAACUCCUCGGCAUACCGUGUCGCUUUAAGUGUCUAAACUUUAUGUCAAGAUGAAAUUGUGUCGUUAAGUCAAGACUCUCUGCAACAUCAACAGUUGUAAUGUCCUCAUUGGCUGCUACAUGUAACAUACUGUUCCCUAAAUGAAGCGCUCUCUGCUACUUGA